AUGAAGCUGUUUAUCCUACUUGCCUCUAUUGCCCUGGCCAAAGCCGGGGUUCCCUUCAAGCCCAUCAAUGUAGACUACCAUACCACUGUGGGUAUUCCACUGGCUGCCAAGAUUGAACAAGCUGAGUUGGCUCAAGAUUUUGAUGGCAGCAGAAUCAUUGGAGGCUCACUGUCUUCAGUAGGGCAACACCCAUAUAUGGCUGGUCUCCUUAUUAGACUUACAAUUGGUGCGGUGUCUAUGUGCGGAUCAACUCUUCUCACCAACACGCGCGUCGUCACCGCCGCCCACUGCUGGGCGACACGCACACACCAUGGCACGGCCAUCGAGGUCGUCCUUGGAUCAGUCAAUCUUUACUUCGGGGGAACUCGUGUCAACACCAACAAUAUUCAAAUGCACCCUAAUUACAAUAUGGAUAAUUUCAACAAUGAUGUCGCCGUCAUUGUUAUGCCAUGGGUUACAUACACCAACAAUAUCCGCAACAUUCCUAUGGCUUCUGGCAGCAACAGCUUCGCUGGACAAAAUGCACUCGCCGCCGGCUUUGGACUUAUUGCUGAUGUUAAUGGUCACACCGACCGCCUGCAUCACGUCACUCUCCAAGUAAUCACGAAUGCAGAUUGCGCUCGCUUUUUCGGUACAUCAGCCGUUAUUGGGUCCACCCUCUGCACCAGCGGUGCUGGAGGCCGCAAUACCUGUGUCGGAGAUUCUGGUGGUCCCCUCGUCCUGAACAACCAAUUGAUUGGAAUUACGUCGUUCGGACCCCUAUUCUGCGAAGCACCUGAUCCCUCAGCAUUCGCGCGUGUCACCUCCUUCAACAGCUGGAUAAGUGCCCAUCUA